CCCUAAAACCUAAACUCUAAACCCUAAACCCUAAAUUCUAAACCCUAAACCCCACCCCUUGAGUGCUAUUUUUGUGACCUUUAGUCUUGUGUACUAGUUUGGGAACAAAAACUUGAUUUAGUGCUAUUUUUGUCUUUUUCUCAAUAUAUAUCACCAAAUAAUAUAUGAUUUUUCAUUAUUUACAUGUUGAUUUCUCAUAUAAACAGGUCAAAAUUCAUUUUUAAUAUAUACAAAAUAAGUUAAUAUGGUUCAAAAUUUUCCAAAACUUAGAUAAUAUUAUGAAAUUUAAAGUAAUAAAUAAUACUAGAAUAAGUUUUAUCUGAUAUUUUUAAAAUUAAAUGUAAUUAUUUCUAAAUUGAUAUUACAUAAAUAUUCCAAAUAUAUGCGGUUACAAAGCUAUAAUUUUACAUAAAUCCUAACUAAUAAAUUAUAAUUAUGUUAAAUUAAUAUUUAAAAACUUAAAAUAAUGUUGAUUUUUUUAAAAACAACCUACGAUUUAUGGUUAGACAUUUUUACAAUUGCCAUUUUUCCAGGCAGUUUUUUGGAAUAUACAAAAUAUUUAUCAAGUGACAACGGAUUGAACAAUUAUAAUUUGUUAUUUCUAUUAUUAAUUAAUAAGUGGGUUAAUACCUUUUGGUACUGUUUGGAAACAUGAAUAACAAUAUAAAUGAGAAUUAUUUGAAAAUAUAGAUAUAAGUAUAAAGUAUAUUGCAUUUUUAGUAAUUUCAUUAAUAUAAUUAAAUUAAUUAUUUUUUCAUAUUUAACUCAGUUUAACAAUUUUAUUAAUUAUAUUACCUUAAAAAUACAUCACAUCAUUAAUUAUAUUACCAUAAUAAUAAUAAUGUAGAUUUGUUUUUAUUAGUUAAUCAACAUUAAUUUUGCGCCAACAAUAAAAUUAAAAAUGUAAAAUAAUUGGGUUUUGCAUUGGUUAAACGUAUAUUUUAUGUUUUUAAUAUACUAUACUGUAUUAUUCUCAAUUUUUUUCUUCAUAGGGAAUUUUUUGUCUAAAAUUUGUUUAUUUAUUGUUGCAAUGUUACUGUGGUUAUAUUCUUAAUUUAUGUCUCACUAUUGCAAUUGAGAAAAUUAACCCUAUUGUUAUCAUCUAAAUAUGAUUAUCAUCUAUUUUUAUUUAGAUACUUUUGAUUUAUUACAAAGUUUUAUUUGAUUUUGUUACAUAUAAACCAUUUAAGUGUAACAAUUUCUUCAGUUUAUGAUUUGUUUAGUAAAGUUAUGAAUUUUCUAUCUAUUUUUAUUAACUUGGUUUUUGUUUUGAAGAUCUAAUUGUCUUAAAAAUAUUAUCCUCCAGAAAUAUGAACUUUGAAUAAUCAGAUAAAUGAUAUCCAAGUUUUCAUUGUAUAUUUUGUUAUUAAAAUCAUGAUGUUUUUGCUUAUUAUUUCUUAUAGAUGUUAAUAGAAGAUAGUGAAUAUCUGCUAUUUUAAUCAAUGUUUAAUAAAUUGAUAGUCUGCAACUAUGCAAUUAUUCGGGAUAUAUAUGGGGAUUAAACAUUAACAAAUUAUUUGCUUAUUUAUUAUUUAUUAUCUAUUAAAUAUUUAAAUAUUUAGAUUUAAUUAUAAAAUUAUUUGAUGAAUUAAAAAUUGAUACACAAAAAAAGACAUAAUUAUAGACUUCUACUAACCUUGUUACUUAAUUUACUCAAUUCACAAUAGUUUCGAUCGAAUUAGUCCAAUUUAGACAGAUUUAAAAACGAUUUAAACCGAUUUUGGAUGAUUUAAAACGAUUUGAACGGUUUAAAUUGGAGUUUAAGAAAAUUGUUUGAACUAUAAGUGAUUUUCCGAUUUAGAACAUUUACUUUUUUGUGUUUCAUCCAUUUCAUAAAGAUAAAUUUUUAUAUUUUAUAAGUUUUAAAAUUAUAGAAUUUAUCACAGACAAACCUUUAGUUUUAAAAUUAUAUUUAUAUUAUAACUUUAUUGAUAAAUUAAAAUGUACAUAUUUAAUUUAGUUACUUUAAACAUCAGUUUUAACAAUUUUUUAAAAAAUUGAUAAAUGGUUCUAAUAAGGAGAUGACAAUUCAACGACGUUUUGGAAAAAAAAAAUACGAAUAAGGAGAUGGAGAUGGCAAUUCAACGACUUUUUGAAAGAAAAAAAAUACGAAUUAGGAAAUGACAAUUCAACGACCGUAGAACUAACUUCUUAAAUAUUUGAAGAAUUACCGACCAAGAGUUAAUAUUAUUGCAUUUCCGCUGCAUUAAUAUCGAUAUGAAGACUCUUCGUCUUUCAAAUCAUGAAAUUCAAAGGUCGUAAUAAGUAGUUGCAAAAAACAAAAAGAGUAUUCCCCCACUAAAACUGUUUACCUACGUUAGUAUCCGAAUGGAGGAGCGGAACAAGUGCAGUUCUCAUGUACAUGCAGUUCAUGCAGAUUUCACCCGCCAACAUUUGGUGGUGUUGAUCUGUUUCUUUUUGUUUGGUCAAUAAAUAACUUUGUUACAACACAUAACUUUAAAAAUGUAUUUAUCUAGUUUUAUGAAUACAAUAUUUUUAUUUUAUUUUAUUUACAACUUUAACAAUUCAAAAUUAUCAUUUUCUACUUAUUAUUUUUUGUCAAAUAAUUUUUAAUUUUUAUAAAUAAGAAAAUAAAAAAGUAUAAGUAUCUUAUAAAACAUUUACAAGCAUUUCAGCCGAUCCUAUAACAUCUAAAAUAUUUGUUUAGAUAUCUAAGUGUCAUUUUUAUUGUUUUAAUAUAUGAUCUAUAGUUUUGAACUGAUUUUAUUAUUCAUAAGUUAUAAUAAAUUAUUUGAUCUGGUUCUCUCAUGCACUUGUCCUGCUUGAUCUGUACUUGUCAUGCUUGAUCUGUAUAAUCUGCUUGAUCUGUCUCGCUUGAACUGUUUUUACUAUUCGAAGCCUUAGUAUUUCCCCUCCCCCCCUUUAUACAUACUGACAUACACAUGACAUAACACGUCAAAAGAAACAUGAACUUACGUCAGAACCUACACAAGUACACAUGAUCAACUUCGAUUUAAAGAUUGAACAUACGUUAACUCAAUUAUUUAACUCCAUAAAGACACUUUAAUGCAUGAUAAUUUUCUACAUAUAACAUUUAAAUAAUAAUUUCUCCCUUUUGCGGAGCUAUGUGUCAUAGACUCCCACCAUCAUUAUAAAUGAUCUCAUCGCCUGCUUUCUCAUCUACUUGUAACCAUACAACUUCGCUACUCUGGUAGAGCAAAAAAAAAGAAGAUAUCGUUACCAUCAUCAAUGGCGGAGAAUAAGGUAAACCUGUCGAUCAAUGGACAAUCAAAAGUGCCACCAGGUUUCAGAUUCCAUCCAACAGAAGAAGAGCUUCUCCAUUACUAUCUUUGCAAGAAAGUUCACUCUCAAAAGAUAGAUCUUGAUGUCAUUCGUGAAGUUGAUCUCAACAAGCUUGAGCCUUGGGAUAUUCAAGAAGAAUGUAGAAUCGGUUCAGCGCCGCAGACCGACUGGUACUUCUUCAGUCACAAGGACAAAAAAUAUCCAACGGGGACCAGGACAAACCGGGCAACAGUUUCCGGAUUCUGGAAGGCGACUGGACGUGACAAGAUCAUCUACAGUUGUGUCAGGAGGAUUGGAUUGAGAAAGACGCUCGUGUUCUACAAAGGAAGAGCUCCCCAUGGUCAGAAAUCUGAUUGGAUCAUGCAUGAGUAUCGCCUCGACGAGACUCCAACAACUAAUGAAUAUUCAGAUGUUGUAAGUGAAGAUCCAAUGAGCUACAACGAAGAAGGUUGGGUGGUAUGUCGAGUGUUCAGGAAGAAGAACUAUCAAAAGAUCGACGACUCUCCUAAAAUCACUCUAUCUUCUUCACCUGGUGACACGGAGGAAAAGAGAAAGUCCACCACCUCCCACAACACUCAAAAUGGCAACGUCUUGGACCACGUUCUUCUAUACAUGGACCGUUCCUGUCCCAACAUCUGCAUGCCCGAGCGCCAAACCACGAUCCAACGUCAACAUAAUCAAGACGAUAUUUUAUUCAUGCAACUUCCAAGUCUUGAGACACCCAAAUCCGAGGACCUGGUCUACCAAAGUUUAAAGAUUCCAAACCAGCUCGAUUCCUCUCUGGUUCAAGAGAAGAAAAACGGCAGACCGGUUUGCAGUAAUUGGGCUAGUCUUGACCGGCUAGUGGCGUGGCAGUUGAACAACGGUCAUCAUAAGUGUGAUCGUGCGAGUUUUGAUGAAGAAGAGGAAGAUGGUGAUACCAUGAUGCAGCGUUGGGAUCUUCACUGGAGUAAUGAUGAUCAUGUUGAUCUUUGGAGUAGUUUCACUGAAUCUUCUUCAUCCCCUUCGUCUUUAGAUCCUCUUCUUCAUUUAUCUGUAUGAUUGUAUAUUCACGUAACAUACAUAUAUACAAAAAUCGGAGAAAAAAGUCUGAGGCAUC